UGUCCCCGUUCAUAAACCGUUUCAUUUAGUCCGAAAUCAUUGACCUCGAGCAAUUCCGAGUCGAAUCCCGAGUCAGAAUAGUUUUCCCCGACUACUUUCCCCACUAUUUACCAUUCUCCGUUCAUUGUUUACCCUUCGAGACUUUGUUUUGACUCUCGAAGUCUCAGAAUUCGUGGAAUUCAGGUAUCAAACGACAACAAUCUUUCCGUUCGCUUCAAUUCCCUUCAAUUCUUCCCCAAAAAAUCCUAAGUUUUAUCAAAUUGACCGCCGGAAUCACCGAUUUUUCUCCCGUUUCAUAAAAAAAAAGAGCUCGAGUUGAGAACAAGCGGAAGUCACUGGAGAUCGAGAAAUCCCAGUUGAGCCAAAAAAAAAAAAGAUGGAGGAGGUAAUGUCGAAUCUGAGGGCAUGUCUGCAGACGACAAACGGAGGAGUCCCCCUGGAGCACGUGAACAAGGACUACAGAUCCCUGGAGGGUGAGAACAUCCCCUACAGAAGGCUGGGGUUCGCCACCCUGGAGGACUUCAUCGCGCAGGUCCCUCGGGUCCGUCAGUACCGAAAGUGCGGUGUGGUCUACGUGGAGGUGAUUCCGAACGAGAAGACGGGGCACCUGGCGGCCCUCAUCAGCAAGCAGAAGACGUCGAAGAGGAAGCCAUCGAGGCUGGAGAUGACGUCGAGAAGACCGACGAUCAGUGGCGCAAACCAGGGAAGACCGAGGUUCAACAGUCAGGGGGGAGUGCCCCAGUUCCCCAGGAGGAGCUACCAGCCUCAGAGGCCUGGGGCUUACCCAGGGGGCAGGAGCUACCCCCUCAGGGGCAGUGGACCUGCAGAAGGUGGGAGAAGCUACCCUCGAAGUAAUGGAAAUGCAGAGAUCAGGAAUUAUGGGAGACCUGGAGGAAAUUCUGAGAGACCUGGAGGAAAUUCUGAGAGACCUGGAGGAAAUUCUGAGAGAUCUGGAGGAAAUUCUGAGAGACCUGUGACGACUUAUCCCCCAGGACCUGUUAUUAAGCCAGAGCCAACGGUGAGGAUUUAUCCUCCAAGAGCUGUUGUUAAGUCUGAGCCACCGGUGACGACUUAUCCUGCAAGACCUGUUGUCAAGUCAGAACCAACGGUGACGACUUAUCCAGGCUCUCCACCGAGGGGAGAGCCAAUUCCAGUGAUCACGAGCCACCAAAAUUACCAGAAUUACCAGGUGAAUGAUGACUCGUCGAUGCCCAGGUGCCCUCAAGCCUUCCAGAAUCGAAACAAUAAUGGUGGGAAGGUCAGCCCACCCCAGACGCCUCAAGGAUUCAACUUUAACGAAGAUUUUCGAGGGAAUGGAUUCAGAGAUGUCCCUGCAGGUGAUGUCAAUGCGAAUGGCUAUGGCUCGAUGACUCCACAGGUGGCUUUUGGGGGAAACACCAGGGAGAGGACGCCUCCUCCUCGCAGGGUGGUGAGGUCACUCAGUGAGAGGCUGAAGAGGCCAUCCCCAGAGCCUGCGCCAGUCGAGAAUGCAGCGAUGGCCUCUGGUUUGAAGAAUGGGGAGGGCUCCUUUGGGCUCUCCAGCCCUCUCACUCCACCUGCGGAGGCUGACGACCCCAGGGGGGAGCUCAGUGCUCUAGCCAUGAGGCUGAACCUCUCGGAACCCGAGUACAAGACGCUGAAUGUGGGCAAGGGGGGCAGGAUCAGGCUGUUCAGUCAGGUGGUGGUGGGCAAGCACAAGUUCAGCAGCUAUCCCUGCGACGCUGUUAACGAGGUGGAGGCUGCCAAGCUGGCGGCUGGGGCGGCUGUCGGGGCGCUGCUUUCGUUGCAAGGACCUCCAGUCGAGUUGAGGGUCACUGAGGACAGGGGGCUCGUCAUGCAGAGGAUUCUGGGGAUCGUGGAUGGACAUCCCAAUGGGGUCUUCAGGGAUCGACUGCCAGGGUUCUACAGGGAGAUGCAUGGCGAGGUGUUGCCUGAGGACUGGGUGGGACUUGUCGAGCAGUGCAGGGAGCUGGCGCUUGAGAAGGGCGUGGAGAACUCGGUUAUCGUGUGCAGGAGCCUCCCGGAGGUCCAGAGGAUGAAAACCCCUCCGCUCUCCCCGAAGCGCGAGCGCCCCCUCCUGAAGCCCCCCUCGGAGACCCCCAUCCCCCUGCUGUUGCCCUCGAGCACCCUCUGGCCAGUGUACGUCUCCCACGUCUCCUCCACCUCAGAUGUCUGGAUACGUCUUCUCGAGGACGAGUACAACGAGAAAUUCUACGAGAUGUCGCAUCAGCUCAACGCCCACUACUCCUCCAUCACCGAGUCGGCACCCUCAGUCGUCAUCCUCAACCACUACGUCACGAAGGUCAACGACGAGGUCCACAGGGUCAGAGUGGAAGCCCUGGACCCCCUGACAGGCGACGCCGAGAUCUUCUUCGUGGACACUGGUGACAACGACGUUGUGGAUCCCUCCAGGCUCUUUCCACUCGACAAAAAAUUCCUCGAGGUGCCACCGCAGGCCAUCAGGGCCUGCCUCUCUUCCCUGGAAGAGAUCGCAGUGUGCGAUACAACCACUGAAAUCGCUGAGAAACAUCUUCUCGGCAAGACUUUCUACAUGCAAGUCUUGAAUCGAGAUUAUGAUGAACUCAGCCACGUGGUGGUGGGAGUUUUCUAUGACACCAACAGUGAGACUGAUGUCAAUGUUAAUGAGAAGAUUUCACUGGAGCUGCACCACGUUAUGGAGCUGUCGAAGCCCGAGGCGCAGGUUGCUGUCAAGGGGAAAUUGCUGGAGGUGUUUGUUUCACACAUCGAGCAGAAUGGAGAUGUUUACCUGCAGGUGAAGAACGAUGGCAUGGCGAUCCUCACAAGUAUGCUGAAUGGUCUUCUGGAGGGAGUCAUGGAGGACGAGGGACUCCUGAGCAAUGCCAUGGUGAAGGGACAGCUGGAUCCUGCGGAGGUUUACCUCGCCCAGAAGCCUGAUGGCGACUGGGUGAGGGUCCAGGUGUCCCCCAGUGCCCAGGAUCAUUCCCUGAGGACCAUUGACUCUGGAGAACGUGUGGAGGUCGACCUGGGGAAGGUGCUCAGACUGAAGGAGCUCUCUGACCCUCUUGCAAGGUUCCCAGCACAGGCCAUCAAAGUGGAGAUGAAUAAUCUUGGGAGGACGAGGUUCAGUGAGAGGGUGGGCUGCAGGCUGAGGGAGCUCGCUGGUCCUGGGGAUGUUAUACUCUGCAAAGUCGUCCAGGAGCCAGUGUUUGGGAGAGCUGCUGUUGUCGAGUUGUUCAAGAGGUCUCAGCCUGAGAACCUGCUGAUUUCGAUCAAUAAUACUUUGGAUCUGGAGCCUGAGAUCAUCAAGUGUGGGGAUGGGAACAAUAACGUCAGGAGGAAGAGGCUGGAGAGGAGGGGGAGCAAGAGCAGUGAUGACUCACUGAAGGGACUCAAGGGACCGAAGAUUCCGGGAGUUGGAGAAUUCUUCAAUGUCAGGGUCACUAAUCUCGUGCCUAGCCCUGGGAAUUUCGUCGUACAACCGUUUGAGGAGAAACCCAAACUUGAGGCAAUGAUGGAGGCUCUCCAGGAAGCUUACAAGACCGUUGACGUACCCAAAGAGACGAUCAACGAGCUAGAAAAGGGGAGGGUUUAUGCUGUGAAGAAUUACGAUGGAUAUUGGUAUCGUGCAUGUAUUAAUCGAAUAUUGGAUGAACAAUCGGUGUCUGUGCAUCUGUGCGACUUUGGGAACAUCAAUGUCGUCACAUUGAGUCAGGUGCAACCACUCAAAAGAGAAUUCUUCGAUCUACCGUAUCAAGCUAUUAAGGCUAGGCUAGUUGGUAUUCAGCCAAUAAGCGGGGAUUGGUCUCUCCCAACAUGCUUACAAUUCCAAAAAUUAGUCGUGAACAAGAACUUCGUAUCCGUCAUCAAGCGAUUAGAGCACGAUAAUUCCACUCCGUCCAGUACAAUCCUGGGCUUGGAAUUGAUUGAUGUCACCCUGGAGGAUCGGGACAUCUACAUCCACAAAGUUCUCAUCGACGAGCGACGGGCUCUUCCAGAGGCACCCUAAGCUACAUCCUUGGACAGAAGAUAUUUAUUUCCAUUAAUUUAUCAACUCUAGACACUAGAAUUAAACAAUCAUUCCUCUAAACGUGCGGAAGAGCCUAGCAAAAAGCUUUCCUAUUUUUUUUUAAAUCUGAAUUCAGUGGAAAACUGACAGAACUCAUGAAACGUAGAAAAUCGAUUUUCCACUUUCGGUUAAUUUUCAAAUUAUCUCGAUAAGGAAUCAUUUUAGAGAAAAAAGCCACAAGAUAUUUUCUGCUGGAAAUUUAAUUCUCCACAAAAAACUUCUUCUGAUAUUUUCGCCUAAAUCCAAUGGUUUCCGAGAUAAAUGCAAAAUUAACAAUUAUCAAUGAGGAAUUCGAGUUUUUUACGUUUUUAUUCUUCAAUUCUCGAUUAAUCAACGCCAUUAUUAAUUAAUCUUCUCGUUAGUGUCGCCUUAAAAUAGUAAAAUAAGACUGCUUGUAAUAGUCAAGACCUUGGGUAAUUCUCUUCGAGGCAUUGUUUAUUUAUUAAAUACGAAAUUCAGCACUGAAACUGUAGAAUAAGUCUCGCAAAUCAUUCAUCAAUCAGUUAAUUAUUUCCUAAGCGAACUGAUUUAGAGGAAAUCAUUAAGACACUUUAUUAGUGAAAACAUUUUCAAUAAAAGAAGUCUCCCGACAUUUUCUCGUAAAAUAACUCAUUGUCAACAAUUCAAUUCAGACAAUUUCAUAAUUAGCAGGAUAAAUUAUGAAAUUCUCUAAACUUUUUGGUGUUAUUAAUCACCUGAUUAUCUGCUGAACGAACGAUUUCGGAGAAAAAUAUGGAGAUUUUUUUUUCGUGAGAAAAUUUCUACCAAAAACGUCUAAGACUUUUCAACUUUUUGACUUAAUUCAAUAAUUAACGAGUAAUUACGACUUUCUCUAAGGAAAAAUUAGAAAAUUUUGAGAUUACUUCGAGUUUUUGUUGGAUUCAAUUGACGAUUCUAAAAGCCCAUUUUUUACGGAGAAAAAGUUAACAUAAAUAUUAUGAAUUAAGUACUAGUGAUAGUUUCUAGGAGUAGGAAGAAACCUUUAAGUGCACUGUAAAAUGAUAUAAUAGUUUAAUAAAUCAGUUUAGAAACGAA